UGGAGCUUUUGCGCGGCGGCAGUUUCAACAGCUGAUCGUUGCGUCAAUCAACGAGUGCGAGGUUAUGCGGCACUCAAACGUAAACAUUUUUGUUUGAAAAAUAAAUAAAACGUUCUAUUUUCAAAUUUGGAAUUUUUGUUAGUUGAUUUAUAAUAACAAAACGAACAUGGAAGAUCUUAUGCAAAUUGAUCUCUACGCAUUAAUCGGGACAGUCGCGGAAGCGUCGACAAAAGAGAUCAAAACUGCAUACAGAAAAAAAGCCCUAUCAUGCCAUCCGGACAAAAAUCCAGAUAACCCAAAGGCAGCUGAAUUGUUUCAUCAAUUGUCAAGGGCUUUGGAAAUAUUAACGGACGAUUCUGCCAGGGCAGCAUAUGACAAAGUUCUCAAAGCUCGCCACCAAGCAAAACUUAGAGCCACACAGUACGAUACCAAGCGCAAAAAGUUGAAGGAUGAUUUGGAAGCACGCGAAGAAGCUUAUAGGCAGUCCCAGAAUCCUAAUUUCAGUUCAAAAAGUGAUGAGCAGAAACUCAAAGCUGAAAUUGAAAGGUUGCAAAAGGAGGGUUCGAAGCAAGUAGAGGAAGAAGUUGCCUUUGUUCGACAACAAAUUUACGAACAGUUGUACGGCUCGAAAAAUCGUGGAAAUAAAAAUUCUGCAGGUAAUACUAGAAUCAAAAUCAAAUGGAAGGCUGCGAAAGAUGAUCCAGCGAAUGGUGGUUAUGAUUACGAUACUCUGCACCGAAUACUCUCAAAGCACGGUGACAUCGCUGUACUUGUGAUUUCGACAACGAAAAAAGGCAGCGCCCUCGUUGAGUACAAAGAUGCGGAUGCAGCGGAAACGGCAGCCCAAAUCGAAUUAGGACUUUCGCACAAUCCUCUGACCCUCCAAGGAUUAUGGGAAUCCGAAAAAACGUCUACGAAAUCAAAAAUAAAUUUUUCGAACGCACCUCGCGGUACAGGAUUGUUCCCCUCGAUGGAACCUACGCUGAAUACACGGACCACCACUUUUCCAGGGUGCUCUUCAGCGCCGAACAUUUUUGCAACCCAGAGUAGAGUAUCCGAUGCCGAAUUCGAAAAUGCCGUUCUGCAAAAUAUGAGACGAGCCGAAGAACGAAAAAGAUUGAUUGAAAAACUCGAGGCCGAAGAAACCAGUUGACGAAUCGAAAAAAUGUUCCAUCAGCGAUCGAGUUUUGCUCUGGGUUAAGUCAAAGAUAAAUUCGUAUAGUCUUUUUUUUUUUUUAAUAACAAAGCGCUUUAUUUGUAGUCCCUUGACUAAAAAUGCUUAUUCAAAUGCAAUGAAAAAGAAGCUCCAGUAA